AUGACGGGCUCCCGGAGGGACUUGAGAACUCUUGAGAGAUACUCGAUGGGCUCAAGAGCGGCUCAAGAGCGGCUCAAGAGCGGCUCAAGAGCGGCUCAAGAGCGGCUCAAGGGGCUCAAGGGGCUCAAGGGGCUCAAGGGGCUCGAACCAACAGGAGCUGCGAAGGCAGCUGUUGGCCCAACAGGCUGCCAAGGCGAAUUGGCAGAUGUCAAGGCGCAGGAACUACGGAUGGCUCGAGCCGCUGAGGAGGAUUCGUUAGAUUCAGUUAAGAGCACCUGUCGCAGCACAGUCGCAGUGAACAAGUUCUUAAGCAGUUCUGAAGACUUCCGAGUGAAGCGGGUCCGGGCAAAUGUGGAGAUGCUGGGCGUCAACUCCUCUGCUGGUUUCACCGUGGGUGAUACCCUGGUCCUGGGAAACGAUGCUUUGACCAGCCUCGUUGGUAUUUGGCGGGAUGAACAGGGAUCUCGCUACGAACUGGAGAUGCAGACACCAGGCAAGGCUCUGAACGUCACCACUUACAGGCCGGACGGCGUGGUCCGCAGCACCCCUGGUCUCAUACGCAUUGAAAUUGGCCGCGACAAUUCAGAGAGCGUCGUUUGGGGCAAGAGUUUCAAGUUGCAACUCGAGUCCGGAGUUGUUCACUCAGCACCUGACUCGAUCGUGUGGAUGGCCAAGGAUCGGGGACGACGUUCGUUUUCCUGGGCACGGGUGGCUCCAUAUCAGCCCCCAAGAGUCCGGGAUUCAAGAGCGCAAGACAGCAAUGCCAUGACUUUGACACCCCGACGCGGGGAAGAAAGCAGGACGGCAUCAUCUUCCGCAGCUGUCAGGGGCACGGAGUCCAAAAAAAGGGCGGCGCCAAAGAGUGACAAAGACUCGGAUCGACCCGAGAAGGCGCAAAAAAACGCCGCAAGCAAAGCUGAGACGGAAAAGUCUCAGGAUUCUUCGGAGCGCCAACAGAAGGACAAAAAUGAUAAAAAAGACGAGAAAAAGGACGAGAAGAAGGAAGAGAUAAAAGAAACAAAGGAAGAGAAGGAGGACGAAAAGAAAGGUAAAGAGGAAGGUAAGGGAAAGGACAAAGUUUCAGAUGACAAAGGGAACACUGAUGCUAAGAUGGUGAAGGAAGAGGCAACAGAUGAGGUGAAGGAUGAGAAAGGAGGUGAGAAAGGAGAGUCUUCAAAAGGCGGAGCGGAGUCAAAAGGAGAGGCCGGAGAGGCUGACAAAAAGGACAGCCAAAAGGAUGCAACGGAUGCAACUGGGAGGGAGAGGCCUGAGCCACAGACUGCGCAGCCUGAGCCCGGAGCAUUUGAAGCAUCCGAAGCAUCCAAAGAUGCAUCCAAAGAAACCAAAGGAUCAGAGGAAGCAUCCAAGGAAGGCUCAUCUAAAGAGAGCAACGAUCCCAAUGAAAAAAGGAAAGACAAAUCCGAGGAGCUUCCAUCAGAGACCAAGGAGGAAACCAAGAAAGCGGAGGCCUCAGAUCCCCAGUGGGGCAGUUUGAAUCAGUGGAGAGAUCUCAAGAAGUCAGCUGAAGAGGAGAAGGAUCGAGAGAAAGGAACAGCAGAAGCAUCCCAGUCGUCCACGACUGAAGCAAAGACUUCAGAAUCCAAAGAUGCUGGAGGUGCAUCGAAGGAAACCAAAGACGACCCCAAAGAGAGGAAGGAGACGAAGGAGGACCGGCAGGAUCUAGAGAAGCGACGGGUCGAAAGGUCCACAGCAGAAAAAUAUGCCAAACACAAGGCUGCAGCCUGGAGAUCUUUGCAUUUAAAGUACGAAAAGGAACAAUCCUCACUGCAGAAGAUGGCGUUCGAGCUGAAAACAGCAGAACGGAAGGUCAACGAAAAGGAAGAUGCCGAGAAGGCUGCAUUGGAAAAGGUCUCUGAUAUGAAAUCCUCGCAGAGUUUAGAGAAGGCCGAAACCAAGUUGAAGGACUGCGAGCGAAAAGCCUCGAAGGCUAUAGUCAGGGAGAUCGAUGCGAACGAAAAGUUCUCCGCAGAGGAGAAGGCCUUUGAACGCAAGUAUGGAGACAAGGCUGCGGCGUCCAAAGUUGUGCAAACCAUGGCUACAGCGGAGCGUCAGUCCUCAGAGAAGGUCAAACUUGCCAAGACAAAGAUGGAGCUGGCAGCUGUGGAAAUGGAGGCUCUUCGCAAAUUGGUUCAAGAGAAAGAAAAGGCAUGGAAGUCUGCUUACGAGGAAGCUGCGGCAGAAAUGGCCAAGGCGAUGUCCUACGGUUCAGAGAAAGAGAAACUGCAGAAGAAGAAGGCGGCCAAGGUGGAAGAGGAGAAGGAAAUCAAUGCCCAGAUUGCCAAGCUGAAACUGCAAUUGGAGGAGGUGCAGCAAGAGAAGGAGGCUCUGGACUUGAUGGUCAACUUGAAGGAUGCUGCUGAGAAGACGGCCUUCAAACAAGCACGCAACAUGGACAAAAAGGCAACAAAGAUUUUGGCAGAGAAGAAGGAUUCGGGAGAGUCGCUGGCAGAAGUGGAGAAGGCCCACGAGGAUGCGGAGAAGGAGUUGAAGGACCACGAGGAGGCUACUCUUCAGGCUUCGAAGGGUCGUCAAGCCGCCGAGAAAAAAGCGAAGGAAAGAUCUUCUGAAGGCAGCAAGGACAAGAGCGUCGCCAAAGCCAAGGCAUUGGUGGACACAGCCUUGGUGGAACGACAGGCAGCAGAGAGAGCUGCCGAGGAUGCAGCGUGUGAAUACAAGGCCUUAAAGAAUCGCAUUUCCGUUGGUGAGGCUGCUGUCAAGCGAGCAGCAGACCAUAGGGUCGAUGCCGAGAAGCAGUACAAGAAGUUGAAGCGAGAACACGAGGAGAUGACCCAGAAGCUCGAAGAGAUGGGUCUCCAGGAGCUGACAGCUUUGAACAGCUGACAGCUGACGCAAAGGCGACCGACUCAGUGAACCAAGCCGAACUUCCUAAAUCUUGGCAGGUGAAGAAGGCAGAGGAAGAGCGCAACCAAGCUGAAAAGGCUGCUGAGGCGGCAAAGCUUCGAGCACGAAGCCGAUCCAACUCAAGUGCCCAGAGAGAAGGGAGUCAUGAUACACGACAUAUCACUCUGCACACUAUGAAAAACUAUGAUAUGAUACAUACUGUACAUACACACACACAUAUAUAUAUAUAUGUGUGUAUAUUGAUACAUGUAAUUGACGCAUGUUUAUCUAAUGCAUCCGGCUGUAUAUGUCUACUCAUAUAUAUAUAUAUUACACAUUUACGUUAUAUAAUGAUGUCACUCAUUGUUGAUGGGUGUUUACACGUGUUUACAAUUGUCUAUUGUUGUCAUCCCGAACCUUCAAUGUUCCAAGCUCUCUAGACCUGCUGGAGAUAGGCUCACGGCUCACACUUGCGCCAGGAACGAAACAGAAAUGAAGAUCCUUUCCACUUCGAACUUUCUUGGAAGCAGGAGCUCCUUGGGCCCGCGUGGUCAGCGACCUGGCGAACACCGUGCGAUCUCGGCGGGUCACAGCGCAGAAAAAGAUCCGAAAGAGGUUGAUCAAGUUGAUCAAGUUGAUCAUGUUUCAAUAUGUUUCAAUAUGUUUCAUCGAUUUGAUGCUUGAUAUGCCUGAAUCUUGUUGAAAUCGAGCAGGUCUGAGGGCUUUCUGAGACAGAAUUCUUGGCGAAAACUGAUUGUGCAGGAUUUGGCAAGCUUGAAGCACAUGUAGCACACGAAGCUAAUGCUUGAUGUGAUUUGAAAAUGGAUCAUUUGAGGUGGAACUUCAGUUCCUGAAUUAGAAAGUUCCACCACUUCAAGUAUGUUCAAAAUGUUCGGAAUGUUCAAGUUGUAC